GCUAACGAGCCGAUCAGUGGCGAACAGGAUAAAAAAUAAAAGUAUCACCCCAUCGUAGACUAGUCCAUUUAAGGAAAACUAAACCUUAGUUACUACAGUAUCAUUCCCUGGUGUAAAUAAACAACAUUGUGCCAGCAUGACUAAUAAGGUAAUAUUAACUUCGAUACGAAGUAUAUUCAUAAAUGAUGAAAGCGUUAAAUACAUUUGCAUAAAGAAGGGAUACAGUACGAAGAUGUUGCCACAGCGUCAUAAGGAAAAUUCGGCCAAAAUUCUGAGGAAGGUGAGCUGGGGAGACGCGCUGGUAGUCGUGGGAAGACCUUCACAGCUGCCAGACACUACACACAACCAGUGUUUAGGAAUACGCUGCUAUAAAAAAAGAAAGCUGCAAAAAAAAAAUCACUGCCACUAAGUAUAGUAUAUUCAAUAACGUUGUAACGGUUUAAAGUCUCUUAUUGUAAAUGUGCAGGAAAAAAAUAUACUCGCGAUUUUUAACUUAAGGAAAAGCCUUACAAACUUCUCAUAUACGUGAAGAAAACUACUAAGAAACCGAGCCAGGUUAUAGCUAGUGUUCCUAAAGACGCUUUUGUGAUAUAAUCCUGAAGGAAAUUUACAGCAAUUACAAGGUAUCGUCCUCCACAAACGUUCUGGACAUGAACAGACACUUGAAACUGUCGAGGGCAGCGUUGUGCGUGUGGGCGACGAUGCUGACGGUAAUACAAGUGUGGGUGACUACAUCAGGCAAUACAUCCACUCUCCUCUCUUCUCCUGCUAGUAGUUCCCCGGCCGACCCUUCCUCGCCUCACCCACCUUGCCCAAGACACUGUAUACAUCAGCGACUGCAUCACCCACUGGCAUGGUGGGACAAGCGUCUGUUGCACCACCUGCAGGCCAAGAUGGAGACGCCGCCUAAAUUGUCCCCCCAACACCUAAAUGGCCUAGACCCUCACCACCCGCCCUGGGAACACCUCUUUUCAUACAAUCAAACUGAAGGACUCCUUAGAACUAUUUUUCAAGGAAAGGCUGGUGGAGUAUUUGUGGAGGUGGGGGCGCAGGAUGGACUAUGGUUAAGUAACAGCUGGUGGCUGGAGGCCGUUCGAGGCUGGCAGGGGUUACUGGUGGAAGCUGACCCUCUCAAUUACCUCCAGCUCCGAGCCUCACCCAGAACCUCCCGCAUCCUCCCUGUUUGCGUCACCGCCGAUACUCAUAUCGUCCAGGAACAAAUGGUCCGCACCCGCAAUCCCAGCCACGUAACGGAGGAGUUGUUUCGCAUCCAGACGGGGCACUCCAAACGUCUCAAGUACGCUACCCCCACUGUUGAUCUGCUCAUCUUAGAUGUGUCCGGCGGCGGCUUCGAGAUGAUGACAAAGUUCCUCACAGAAAACAAGGAUAUAGGCAAUCAUUUCCAUGUCAAGAUGAUUCUGUACCAAGAUAAUGAACUCCUGCAGUUCUUCAGUCUAGACGAAGUUAAGGAAAACCUUCAAGAACAUGGGUACCGCCUCAUUCAUAUAAAGCAAAAUCACUAUCUCCUGUAUCAUGAGUCAACCAAGAUUCACAUCAUGCCCUAUAAUAGUGAGCCACAGCCCAGUCAAUAAAGCAAAGUUUUCCUAAUUCA